UACUUUGUAAAACAGACGACAUAGCAGACGUAGCUGGGUGGCGUUGUUAAAACGGACAGGUGCUACUCUUGAUGACUUCUGCUACAGCUACAUUCUCGGCACGGAUGUUGUCACUGUUCACCCAUUGGCUAACAGCGAAAGAGAUGCUCGUUUUAUAGAAAACUAGAUUUUAGCACGACAACAAACGGUAACGAAAGUCAGCUGUGGCUGCCUGAGCUGAAGCCCGAUGUCAGGCUGCAAAUAUUUGGUCAAUCUGUGCUUACCUAACCCUCUUUCAAAAGACAACACACAGUUAGCCUAUACAGCUUAGCUAAGCUAAUAGUAGCUGCGCCACGGGCUUUGGUAAAUUGAAUUGACGCGUAUACGUUGUCGCCAUAUUGAUCCGGGCAAAAGCUGGACGUAUACAGAAUAGUUUUUUCGAUACGAGGAUAUCAAAGCGAACCGUUUUAUAUUAUUUAGGAAAGCUUCCAUUUGAGCAAAUGAAGAGGGGUGCCAGGGUGGACCAGCGGGAACUAAAGGAUUCCCAUAUGAAGGAGGAAGAAGAGGAGCUGUGCAUUGGACAGGAAGAAACAGAAACAGAUGACAUGGCAACAACGGUUACUAAAGAAGAUGUUCCUAUGGAGCCGAGGAUGUGGAGACCUAUUAAGGAGCAGAAGGAGCCAGUGUUCCCCCAAAUCAAAGAGGAGGAGAAGGAAAUAAGUGUUCAAGUGGAAAAGGACGAUAUAAUUGCUGUGGCUGUGAAGAGUGAAGAAGAAGAGGAGGAGGAGGAAGGGCACUUGGGUCAACAUGAACAAUUAGAAUCAGAAAUUGAAGACGAGAAUGAAAACUCGUAUGAAACUGAAGACAGUGAGGAUUACACGGAAGAACCUUGUGAAUCAGCAAGUUUGGAGACUUCAAAGAAUAAUGGCAGUUCACUCAGAGAUGACUUAUCUGAGAGAUAUAGCUGCCAUGAAUGUGACAAACAAUUUGUAAACAAGUUACUUUUGCUAAGACAUCAAAGUACUCACUCAGGACAAAAACCAUUUAGUUGUGCUGUGUGUGGAAAGAGAUUUUCCCAGAAGAAAUAUCUUCACUCACAUAAGAAAAUUCACUCUGAAAAGAAACCAUUCAGCUGCUCUGUGUGUGGGAAAAGUUUUACCCAAAAAAUAACCUUAAAGACACAUGAGAGAAUUCAUACAGGAGAAAAACCAUUCUGUUGCUCAGAGUGUGGCAAAACAUUUAGAAGAAAGGAUAGACUUGUAGUACAUGUAAGGCAUCAUACAGGGGAGAAACCAUUCUGUUGUUCUGAAUGUGGGAAAAGAUUCACUCAGAAGAAAUCAUUGAAGUCACAUGAGAAAAUCCACACGGGAGAGAAACCGUACAGUUGCUCUGUAUGUGGCAAAACAUUUGCCCAUAAAAUAAGUCUGACGUCACAUGAAAGAAUUCAUACAGGAGAGAAACCAUUUAGUUGCCAACAGUGUGGCAAAGGUUUUAGAAGAAAGGAUAAUUUGGUGAUUCACAUUAGAAACCACACGGGAGAGAAACCAUUUAGUUGCCAACAGUGUGGUAAAAGAUUUACUCAGAGAAAGUAUAUGAAAUUACAUGAAAAAUCUCAUGUAAAGAAACAAUUUAAGCAAAAGUAAAAACAAACAACAAACGUGUUCACUUCAAAUGUAAAAAAAAUAGUGGCCACUGCUUAGUGCAACAUUUUUUGCUAAGCUAAGAAUGCUCAGAAAUUCAGGCAGGUGGACGGAUUUGUAGAUGAAACUGUAGCUCUAAAAAUGAACAAGGAGUGGCUGUUAAAUUUCUGUGACUAAUGAAGAAUAAUGUAUUUGCUGAUCUGAGACACUCAGACACUGUGGCUGUUCAAUGCUACACAAUCAAUGCUACACUCAGUGUGAUGGAACCGUUUAACGCCUACAGAGCGCAGCGUACCGUUUACUUUUAAUUAAUCAUUCACAUGUAGAAGCGGUUGAUGCCUUAACCGCGUGAUGUAAGUGGUCCUUGAAAAUAACUAUUUAUUUCAAACCUUAUGUAAAUACAUUAGUUCUGCCAAUGCAGCAGUAUUGAUCAUCAGACAGAUGAAAGGAAUGACUUCAACAACACCACACAGCCAGUAUUUGUAUGUACAUUUAGUGGUUGUGCUUUUUAGUUAAAUAUUCAUACUUAAUACAAAUAUCUUCAUACUUAAUAAAAUUUUUAAAAAAUGGUACAGUUUUAUGGCACAUGAUCCACCUAGUAUUUCAGGUGCGAACAUAGCUCACAUUGUGACGUAUAAUUUUCAGUUGAUCUCACAUGGGGUCCAUUUGGACAUUUUUCUGCUUGAAUUUAGUCAUAUUUUGAAGCACAUACUGUAAAAGUGAUGUAGGUACAACUUCAAAUAACUGUAAAUUGUAAAACAGCAGGCACACUUGUUAACAAUGUUCAUAUUUUAAAGUAGCUGUAUUUUUUUCAUUAAGCAAUGCCCUUUAUCUGAACCUUGUAUAGCAACUGAUAAAGUGAUGAGGCCUGUGACUCUUGUUUAAAAAAUAAUGCUAUUUUGUUUUUUCACAAGAAAAGAAACAUGUCUUUACAGUUUUCAACUUUUUAAUGUACUUGCACUUUCCCUUGUUCUGGUCUCAAUCCCUGGUUUGUCCUGUAGGUGGUGCUCCUCUGGGGUGUUGCUUUUCUUACUCUUCUUCUUUUUCUGCUGCUUCCUGCUACUUGUCAAUCAACACACGGGGAGACAGACUACUGUAAAUGAAGCAGAUGAAAUGUAAAUAAUUCAGCUUUAUUCAGUUGUUGGUGAAACUGUGAUUACACUGUACCAUUCAAAUAUAUGAAAUAAAUGUUUUUCUCCACAUUGAAAA